CUCAAGAUGGGAUGAGGUCAUGCUGCCACCGACAAUUGAAUCACCGCCGACUCAUGGCAGGGACGUGGCUCGGUGUUUGAAGUGUUUUUUCUUUCGGUGAUAUUGCGAGUUUCUUUUUGUUUAGGGUUUUUGGGACCUGUCAAUUUCUGUAAAUAUGUUGGUUUCUGCAAGUCUCUUACGACGGACUCACCCGGUGGUAUGCCGGUCGUCAGCACCAGUGUCCUUGCUCUACUUGGCUAGACGGCAAUGGUACUCGAGUUCAACAACCGGCUUCGAGUUUAAGGACAAGGAAGUAGUUGUGGAUGGCGUCAAGUAUCCCAAAGAUGAAUGGACCAACGUGACUCCUACGGUGCUGUCCAAGCUGGACCGUAAAUUGCAUUUACAACCCAGGAACCCUAUUUGCAUCAUUCGACACCUCAUAGAAUCGCAUUUCAACGGUUAUAAAUGCUUCAACAAUCUCAGUCCUAUUGUUACUACGCAACAAAACUUUGAUGAUCUUUUGAUCCCGGCCGAUCAUCCCAGUCGUACGAAAUCCGACAACUACUACUUCAACAAAGAUACCGUACUGCGAGCUCACACGUCAGCGCAUCAACUGGAAGGUUUACGGUCGGGAGCCGACAAGUUCUUGAUCAGUGGAGAUGUGUACCGACGUGAUGAGAUUGAUGCGUCGCAUUUCCCCGUAUUUCAUCAAAUGGAAGGCCUCGUAUAUUUCGACAACGAUCCUGCCAAAAUCGCGGCUCAGGUCCAGGCGGAUAUCGAAAGCAAUGCGUUGAACAGCAACAAUAUCAAACUCGUCGACGACACUGUCAUCAAACCGUCAAAUCCUAUUCAGGAACGCCACAUGGAAGAAACCGUCAAACCGGUGGCCGCUCACUUGAAGCAUUCGAUCAACUCCAUGAUUCGCACUUUAUUUGCCGAUGAACCGAAUUUGGAAGUACGAUGGAUCGAUGCCUACUUUCCCUUUACAAGUCCCAGUUGGGAAGUGGAGAUUUACUACAAAGGAGAAUGGCUGGAAGUCUUGGGUUGUGGCGUUGUUCAACAAGCACUGAUGGAUAAAGCAGGAUUGCAUAAUAAGAUUGGUUGGGCCUUCGGUAUGGGAUUGGAACGAUUAGCCAUGGUGUUGUUCGGUAUUCCCGAUAUUCGUCUUUUCUGGUCCCAAGAUGAACGUUUUGUGAAUCAAUUCACGCCAGGCCAAAUCCAGAAAUUCCAACCCUUCUCCAAGUAUCCACCGUGCAUUAAAGAUAUUUCGUUCUGGUUACCUGAAAACACAUGGAAUGAGAACAACUUUUGCGAGGUGAUCCGCGGCGUAGCAGGUGAUUUAGUGGAAAAUGUCAAGAUUAUUGACGAUUUCACCCAUCCCAAAACCAAACGACGUAGUCUUUGCUAUCGUAUCUUGUAUCGAUCCAUGGACCGGUCCGUGACCAACGAGGAAAUCAAUGAAAUUCAGGAGAACGUACGUACAUCAGUGCAGAAAGAGUUCUCGGUGGAAUUGCGAUAGUCGGAGCAAAAUAACUUUAGAAGCAUCACUCUCUUUUUUUCUGUAAAUGUUGCCAUAGCAUCUGUCAUGGACGAGAAACGUUUUUCUCUCUCAAUUGCAUCUGGAAAAAAAAAUUCUAAAACA